AUGCAGUGUGACUGUGGGACUGAAUACUGGUCUCCGAUUCCCAGACUUUACUGGCUGCCAGGCUUGGCUUACCCGGACUGGGCCUACAAGCCUGACUCCAGCCCCGGGAGUCGCCAAGUCCAGCUCUGGCACUUCAUCCUGGACCUGCUGAGGAAAGAGGAAUAUCGAGAAGUCAUUGCCUGGCAAGGAGAUUACGGAGAGUUUGUCAUCAAGGACCCAGAUGAGGUCGCUCGGCUCUGGGGAAGGAGGAAAUGUAAACCUCAGAUGAACUAUGAAAAGCUCAGUCGGGCCCUCAGGUAUUACUACAGCAAACAGAUCCUCCAAAAAACCAAAGGGCAGCGAUUCACGUACAAGUUUAACUUCCGGAAGGUUCUGAUGGCCAGCUGCCCACUCUGGGAUCUGCCCCUGAGUCCGUGUGCCCCAGGUAUCAGCCCCUGCUGUCCCAUCCUUGAACAGGGCAAUAACCUGUCACAGCAGCUGGCAACGCACAGGAGUGUGAGGGAGAGGUUGACAGACAGCACAGAUUCCCGCGUGCCUCCCCAUCUGCUCCCCAAGCUCCGGGACCGGGAGGAAGAGGAGGCGGUGCUGGACGUCAUAAAGCGCAUAAAGGUGGAUAAUUCCCUGGCGUCUGAUCAGGAGUACCCUAGAACUCUGUAG